AGAACGUUUACGAUAUGGCGCGGGUAAUUCGUGCAUUGUAUUAGAAGUAAAAUUAAUUUAGUGUCGUUUACAUAUUUAAAAAUGUCAGAAUAUCAUCUAGAAAUAGAUGGAAUCGACAUUAAAUUUCCUCAUGUCCCGUAUGAAGUUCAAAAAAUUUAUAUGUCGAAAGUGAUAGAAUGUUUACAAAAGGGUGUGAAUGGUUUAUUGGAAAGCCCAACUGGUACAGGUAAAACAUUAUCAUUGUUGUGCUCUAGCUUAGCAUGGUUGAAGCACAGACAAGCUACCUUGGAGCAAGCAGCAUUUAUGCCAAGUAGUGAUGCCAGAGAUAUUCUGAAUAUAUCACAUUUAUUUAAUACAGAAAACACAGCUACAGUUGGAAGGAAUGGGCCAAAUUUUGCAUUUUUACCCAAAAUCAUAUACAGUUCAAGAACUCAUUCUCAACUCUCACAAGUUGUUCAGGAAUUAAAGAGAUCAUCAUAUAACAAUGUUUCUGCAAUUGUUCUUGGUUCACGUGAUCAGUUAUGUCUACAUCCAGAAGUAUCAAAAUUACACAGCAACUCAGCUAAACUUAAUUCCUGUAAGAACAAAGUAACAAAUCAUACUUGUCCUUUCAAUCUUAAUUUAGAUAACAAACUUGUUUCAAAAGAUUACCAGGAUAAUUCUAUUCUUGAUAUAGAAGACUUAAUUGUAGCAGGAAAGAAAAAUACAUGUUGCCCAUAUUAUGCAGCAAAAUCACUAAAAAGUAGAGCUGAUAUUAUAUUUACUCCUUAUAAUUAUUUGGUUGAUCCAAAAACAAGAAGAACUCAUGGCAUAGAAAUUACUAAAAAUGUUAUUAUAUUUGAUGAAGCACAUAACAUUGAAAAUGUUUGUGAAGAUAGCAUGUCUUUCCAGUUAAGAUCUUCAGAUCUAGCACGUUGCAUCACUGAGAUCACACAAGCAAUUGAAUAUAUUAAAGAUAGAGAAAUUGUUGGGCAAUUUAAUUCUAAUUCGGAGAAUACAGAAUUUACUCUCUCAGAUCUUUCUAUUUUAAAAGUAAUGUUUUGUGAAUUAGAAGAGAAAUUAGACAAAGAAAUCAGUAAUUUAACAGAAGGUAGUGCAAAACCAGCAAGUUUUGUAUUUGAUCUUUUUGCAAGUGUUGGUUUAACUGCACAGAAAAAAGAAGUUGUCUUAGAUUUACUGGAUAAAAUUAUCCUUCAUUUGACCAUGGAAAUAGCAACUUCAUCAUGGGUAACAAAAGGAGCUGGACUUCAAUGUUUUUCAGAUUUGAUAAGAAUCAUGUUUUCAAACUCAGCUGUUCUUAAUCAAAGUUUAGUGAAAAGUUUUAAUGAAAAAUAUAGAGUUUACUUAUCUCCAGAUGAUUCACAAAAUAUUACCACUUUUAAGAAAUCACCAAAAAAAGGGUGGACAUUGUAUUACUGGUGUUUUUCUCCUGAGUUGAGCAUGAUGGAUUUAAUUCAACAAGGUGUUCACAGUCUUAUUCUUACAAGUGGAACUUUAUCUCCACUAAAUUCUUUUGCUGCUGAAUUAGGAAUUUCUUUUCCAGUAACAUUAGAAAAUCCUCAUAUUAUUGAUGAUGAUCAAGUGUUCAUUGGUGUAUUGAAGCAAGGACCUGACGGAACUAAUUUAAAUUCAUCAUAUCAAAAUAGGUCAAAUGUUCAGUACAUAAAUUCUUUAGGAAGAACUUUAAUUAAUUUGGGUCGUAUGGUUCCGGAUGGUAUGCUAGUGUUUUUUCCAUCCUAUUCUGUUUUGCGUUCUUCUGUUGCCAAAUGGGAAGAAUCUGGAAUUUGGAAUAGUUUAUCUACAGUUAAAAGUAUAUUUAUUGAACCACAGGGAAAAAUUGCUUUCCAAGAAGGUAUAACCCAAUAUUAUGAAAAAAUAGAAACUGCAGAUUCUUCAGGUGCAAUUUUAUUUGCUGUUUGUAGAGGAAAGGUUAGUGAAGGGUUAGAUUUUUCAGAUAAAAAUGCAAGAGCUGUUUUUAUUACUGGUUUACCAUUUCCUCCUUGUCAAGAUCCACGAGUUAAAUUAAAAAUGUCAUAUUUAAAUGAGUUUUGUAAAGAGAAGGGGUUAUCAGGUAACGAAUGGUAUUUAUUACAAGCUUCCAGAGUUGUUAAUCAAGCAGUUGGAAGAGUAAUCCGACAUCGAAAUGAUUAUGGAGCAAUACUGUUUUGUGAUAAUAGGUUUUCAGAAAAAAGAAUAUAUUCUCAGUUAUCAAUGUGGUUACAAGGAAGAAUAAAAAUUUUUAAUUCAUUUGGUUCGGCAUUGAAAGAAAUGAGUGGAUUUUUUCGUAAAAUAGAACAAACAUCUUUUACAAAAUUACAGAAUCAAACUGCAAGUUUUAUUUCUUCAUCCAGAAAAAUAGUUGUGACUCCAGUUUGUCAUUCAAAAUCCAAAACAAUUACUGAUAAAAGUGAUAUAUCAAACAACUACAAUAUCAUUCAAGGUUAUCUUCCAGAUAAUGAUACUAAAGAAAAAUUAUCUGAAAGUUCUAAACACAGUAAUAGUAUAUUUGAUGCUCUUGAAAAUAUGGCUGCUUCAUCAUCAUCAAACUUUGAAGAUAAUUUAGAAGUAAAAUCUAAAAAAGAUAAUUCAGUAUAUCAGGAAUCGAAAUGUGAUGAUAUACCAAAAACAUCUGUUAAAAGAAGGAAGAUAAAUGUUGGUUUGCAUGAUAUUAAUGGUAAAAACGAAAGUACAAUAGAUAAAAGGGAAGAUUCUAUGUUGCGAGAAAAAUGGAAAAAUCGUCUGCAAGAAGUGAAGAGAAUAUUAAAUUUUACAAACAGUUACCCCAAGUUUUGCCAAGUUGUGAAAGAAUACAAGAAUGAUAAAAACAUCAGUAAUUUUGCCAAAGACAUUUCCGUUCUUUUCAUCAACAUUCCAGAAAGAGAAAAUUUAUUAAACAUAAUAGUUCCAUUGGUUUCGUGUGAACAGAGAAACGAUUUUAUAAAUUUAUGCAAAACUAAUUUUAAAAUUGAGAGAAAUGACAGUGAUAUGUCUGUUGAAAAUGAUAGUUUAUUACAGGUUAGUAAUAAAAAUUCUAUGAAGAAGUUUUGUGGGCAGGCUUACACAUGCGCCUAUUGUGAAAAUAUAGCGACUGUUCCUAUGAUGGCCUUCUGCGGCCACGUUUGCUGUUUUUUAUGUUGGAAAAACAUUCGAAAGAAAAUUCGAUUCUGCCCCAUCUGCAAGUGUACAAAAAUUAAAAAGCGUGACUUGAGACAAUUGUAUUUUAAAUCGUGCGUAAGCUCUGCGUGAAUUUUUUUUUUUUU